UAAGCGGGCUUGUCAGCCAUCACAACGGGGGUUGCUGAUGUGCUAGCUAGCUAGCCUGAGGAAGACCAGGCGCCGUUUUAUAGAUAUUCAGCUAGAUUUCUCUCUUUCUAGUAUUUGGCUAAUGUUGGAUAGACAGCAUGGAUUUCAACGAAUUGUUUAGUGAACGAACAUUUCAAUUUUCGGACUUUCAGGAGUUUACGUUUCUUCCUGGACAUCAGAAACUGUCUGAGAGAGUACGGAAGCGAUUGUACUAUGGCCUGGACCAAGAUGGCUCUCUAGAUUCCCUUUCCUGUCCUGUUACAGAUAUUGCUGUGGAAUUCCUUCAGAAGUCUGCCCCUAGCCCAAUUCGAAAACUGCACAAGAAAUAUGCUGCUCAUGUCGCGAGGGAGGCGUGUAUCUCUCCGUGUGCCAUGAUGCUGGCCCUGGUCUACAUCGAAAGGUUACGACACAGGAACCCCGAAUACCUGCGAAAGAUCUCCUCCUCUGACCUCUUCCUUAUCUCCAUGAUGGUUGCCAGCAAAUAUUUGUACGACGAAGGGGAGGACGAGGAGGUGUUCAACGACGAGUGGGGGGCAGCUGGGAAACUGGACGUCCAGACUGUCAACACCCUGGAGAUGAAUUUCCUCGAUGCCAUUGAGUGGAGCCUCUUCACUGAGCCCGGGGACUACUUUGGCAUACUGGAUCAACUAGAAACCAGUAUUGCAGUGAAGCAGGGGAUGAAGCGAGGCUGGUUCACCUACACUGACCUCUGUGUGCUGCUGGAGCAGGCGGCGUGGCGACAGGCACUGACGGCCCUCUACCUGCGCUUUGCCAAGGUGACCUGCAUGCUGGGGCUGGUGUAUCUGACCAGUGUGGCGGGCCUUAUUGCCACCAGCGCUGUGCUGCAGCAGCUCAGCCUCCCCAGGAGCAGCCAGCCCCUGGCCCCAGUCAGCCAAGUCCACCUGCCGAGCUCCAGCCUGUCUCCAACACCACCACCAGUCCAGCUCCCAGUCCCAGAGACCCCCAGUCCAGCAUCCGACCUCCCUCGCUGCUGCGUCUUGGGCAACGACAGUCACAACCGCCGGCCUGGCACUCUCCACACCCACGACGACCACAACCACGGCUCGCCAACCUCCUCCCAGACCUCUAUACUGUGUCUAUGGGGCUCUCUCCUCACCUCGCGGGGCCACACUGACCCAGACCCCCAGCCUGACACUGAACCAGCCUUGUCCGCCUCCUCCCUGCACUUCCCCGGUUGCCCAGUGACAGUGGGGAGCCUCCCUCCUGGCUCUAUCCAGUGCGGCCCACGGAACACCUCUGCUCCACUACUUGAGCCUGGACACCCUGGACACCCCGCAGCACCGUGGCUGGCCCCUUCCCCCCUCCUCUACGGAGCCGCCCCGAUGUUCCUGGACUCCUGUCUGAAUAGCAUGGCAACCCUCCGUGUCGGACCCUGCUGCCCACAGUUCAUGCUGCCCAUCGAGAAAGCCCCAUCUCUCCUCAUGCCCAGCUAGACACAGACGGACAAAACAAGCCACUGCAAUGACGAUGACGCCGGACUCCAAAUUAAACCAGCUGAUUUUUCAGAAUGCAUCCGUUGCAGUGAAAGGAUUGAUUUUGUUUUGUAUAUGCUUUUUUUUGCAUAUACUGUCUAAAUUUGAGAUAAGAGACCCUAAAGGUGAGUAGCACAUUUUGUACAGUGGUUUGAUGCCAGCUGAAUUGGUGUAAAUAAGUAAGAUUAACUCAUAACAGCAUGAGAUCUGAGUUCUGUACUCAGCCCCUCAUGUCUUUUCUAACAUUUAUUUUUCAAAGGAGGUUGGAUCACAUAGCUUUUCAAUGGGUGUUUCCGAAGUCAAGGAGGUGUUUGAGGUCUAGAAGGUGUGUACAUGGCAAACUAAUAUUUCAGGUUUGGUUUCAAAAGACAAAAAAAAAGUGUUUAGCAUGGCUACCAUACCCACACAGCGUUUGUUACUACCUACUCUUUAGCCUGGGUCCCAGAUUUGUUUGUGUCAUCAUUCCACUCAUUGCCACUCCUUGUCAUAUGUCAAACAUGUUUGGCAUGACAAAGUGGCAUGAUGGCACAAACAGACUGGUACCCAAGCUACCUACUCCUUACCUAUGUUUGAAAAUGGGGGCUUGUAGGAGUUAGGUUAAGUCAUGUUUUGAGUUGGAGGAGUUAAGUUUUGAUGCGACAUCAUAGCUAUUUGAGAAUGUGUUGCGAAAGUAAGUUGUCUCGACAAAAGCAAGGCUGCUUUCUAAGUCAGUACUGUAUUGUAGCGCGCCAAUGAGUCUCACAGAAAGUGAACAUAAUGGAUUUAAGAAGGGAGUCAGUUUAGUCUGGUCCCAUAUCUGUUUGUGCCCUUGCCAACUCCAUUGCUGUUCUUGUCAAGCCAAACAUUGCGUGACAAGGAGUUGGAAUGAUGGCACAAACAGACUUGCACUCAAGCUAGAGACAACUAGCUAGCCUACAUAUGCUUUGCCAUGGAGUUUUGGGUCAUUAUUCUCUCAUUUACUGCAGUUGUUAUUUUAAAGAUUUCAACAUAUUUAUGCUUUUUUUUGUUUGUUAAUCAUAUUUAGACCAGUGAAGUCACAGAUGGCUACUGGUCCCUGCACUGAACAACAGUAGAGAUUAAAUGUUUUUUUUAUUCCAGUGAAAAAACAGUAAACAGUAAAUUGAUAUCUCAGUAUGGCUGCCCCUCUCAGGUCGUGUUCAUUAGGGCACAUCGUAGCGAAAUGCUUUAAACUGCUUUGCAACAGUAAAUGAAAAUAGACGUUUGUUAUUGGACAAGUUCAGCGAGUACAACCCCCCUCCCCCCCCUUUUUUGGGACAUUUGUUUCAUUUCAUGCCUACUGAACAUGACGCUGAACUCAGAUAGCACAGGGGGACAGCUGCAACUCUGAGAGUGCAGCCUUUAGUUUUUUUUUCAGGUAACUAUUUAUUUUACCAUGAUAGAAUGCAGUGGCCAUCUCUGUUUUCAUGUUUGCACAACAUAAUGCCACGCAACUGAAAUAGGUCAUAACCAGUCCACUGUUUGCCGUUUUUUAAAUAAGCGUUUUGAAUAUGACGCCAACAUUAAACAUGAAUGUUUUGAAAAUGUAUCUAAUGAAUGCGAUUUUCAUCCAAUAACCUAAUCAUGGAAACAUAACAUCCUCAUAUGGAUGAGGUGUAUUGUGCAAAACAUAACACUUUUUUAAAAAUAGAAAUGUCUGUUUUUCAAUUAGUGCAAUUAAUUAGUAUCCCUCUUUAACAUACCCAUUUGGUUGGGGAGACCUGACAACAGUAAACCAGCCACUCAAUCACUCGCACAUAAUUUGCCUUUUCCACCCGCUCAAAAUUGGAAAUGGCUUCUUUCUCCUUAGAAAUAUAAUUACUUGAAUGGGGAUGUCAAUUCUAGUAAUACUAUUUCUAUGUCUCUCAACCCUGAAAAACAGUUAGCUCUUCUCAUAUUUUUCUACUCAAGAGAGAAGGUUCUUGCUAGGGAAUUUGUGAUAUUUCUACAUUUGACUUGGUUUUACAUUGACACGUUUCUUACAAAGCCAUGAGGCACUGGGGUCCCUAGGACAAUAACUCCAUGAAGUUUGGCUUUUGUUUAUUUAGAUACUUUCAGCAAUUGAACAAAUUCAAAUCAGACUUAGAUUUUGAAGCACGAUAUCCUUGAAUUUUGUAAACCAUGUACAAAACAGUCAAUGUGUAGAAAUCUGUAAAAAUAUAUAUAAUAAAAUGCUUGACCCUUAAA